UUUAUAAUUACACGUACGAAGCGUACGAAUCUGUGACUGGACUUGUUUUAUAGUUCGUUGUUUGUUAUUUAAAAAAAAAAUGGCUGAAAACGAAGAGUCCAAAUCCACCUGCACUUUUCUUUUUAAAAAAACGAACAAAAAAUUCACAGCUCGUAAACGGAAAGCAAGCGACAGCGACGCGGACAGCGACGAGGAGAAGAAUGCCGUGAAGCGGAAGGAGAGGAAGGCUGGGCCGGCUAAUCCCAUGAUCCAGAGGACGAAGAAGGUGGAAAAGGAGAAGGUGUCUUCCAGCGACAGCGGCGGAGAACAAGAGAAGUCGAAUAAAAUCACCAUCGAGUACAAAUCCACCAGAUCUGCUAAAGCGGAGGGUCCCGAGGACAUGGGCGCCACGGCCGUGUACCAGCUGGACACGGAGAAGGACAAGGACGCGCAGGCCAUCUUCGAGCGCAGCCAGAGAGUGCAGGAGGAGAUAACGGGGAAGGACGAUGAUAAAAUCUACCGUGGGCUCAAUAACUACCAGAAGUUUAUCAAACCCAAGGACACAUCGAUGGGGAACGCCUCCUCUGGGAUGGUCAGGAAAGGUCCAAUUCGAGCCCCUGACCACUUGAGGGCGACAGUGAGGUGGGACUACCAGCCUGACAUCUGCAAGGACUACAAGGAGACCGGCUUCUGUGGCUUUGGAGACAGCUGCAAGUUCCUGCACGACCGCUCCGACUACAAGCAUGGCUGGCAGAUCGAGAGGGAGCUGGACGAGGGCCGCUACGGGGCCAACGACGAUGAGAACUACGAGGUGAGCAGCGAUGAAGAGGACCUGCCCUUCAAGUGCUUCAUCUGCAGGGAGUCCUUCAAAAACCCUGUCAUCACCAAGUGUCGGCACUAUUUCUGUGAGAGCUGUGCGCUGCAGCAUUACCACAAAUCCCAGCGAUGCUACGUGUGCAACGAGCAGACCAAUGGCGUCUUCAAUCCCGCUAAAGAGCUGAUCACCAAGAUGCAAAAGCUACAGGCUGAGAGCUGUGAGCAGUCAGACAGCGGCGAGCAGCAGGAGCACGGGGAGGACCUGUAACCCUCUCCGGAAUUUCCUUUAUUCCUUUUUAAUGGUCACUGCCUUUUUGAAUGUGUAACGUGCAUCUAUAAGCGGGAAAUGCAACUUUUUUCUUUUGAUUAAAAGUUAGUCAUGUUUUCCUGAGUAUGAAAUAAAAAGAGAGGGCACAGGGAUUAGUCUGAUAUUAUUUACAGAAAGAUACCACCAGGCAUAAUCCUCUCUGUAUCUAAAGAGGUGCCCUACAUGUGCUGAAUGAUGGCAUCAUCAGACUGUGUUGAACCAGUAAAGGAUGUAUAAUGCAUUGCUGUUUAUGAUGCAUUAACGGAAAAGAAACGAAAAAACUGCAUUCAGUGGAGCCGUCUUGAUCCUUCCAGUUUAAGUAAUAGAAACGAUAUUGGCUGGAAUCACAGUCGCAGUCUGCUCAAGGUGCCCUCACAGGUGAGCACAUCGGUGAGAUCUCACCUGUAAUCAGAGAGGGACGAACAAGCAGCAAUUCAAUUCAACAGGGCGCUUUUACAAGCAGCUGCCAAUCCUUAGCUUUCAAUAGAUGUGGUGUUUUUCUUUUUUUUUAUGCAAUAAAAUUGUAUGGUUGUUA